AUGUCCUUCCAAUCUAUCAUCGACCUCAACACCAGGACUGUUGAGCUCAUCCAACAGCAAAACUACGCAGGUGCUAUUGAGGCUUCGUCCAAAGCCCUGAGACUCCAAAAAUCGAAUCUACCAGAGCUAGACAACCACCUCCUAUCCACCACAGACAACGGUGCUCAUCCUGGCUUCUUGGAUCGAUGCAUGCUUCUUACCGAAACUGAUGACAACGCAGCAACAGCUGCUGAUACUUUCAUUUACGGUACCGCCAUAUGCCUUCCUCCUACCGUCACAGAUAACAGCUUGGUUUCUGCGAUUCUCAUAUUCAACUCCGCCCUUGCCUACCAGCUUUAUGCAGACACUCAAGCAUCUCCUGUUGAGCUACUACUUCGUGCCAAGCGCUUGUAUGGACUGGCAGCUCAACUUCGUGGUGUGGAUAGGAACAUUUUGUUUCAAUUUGCUGUCAUCAAUAACUCUGCAGUCAUUGAAAGGAAGAUUGGGGACAAGAAUACGGCAACGAGCUACUUUGAAUACUUGAUGGAAAUAUUUCUAGUAUUGAUCGAUCGAGGAUGCUCUAAACAACUGUCCCAAAUCCGCGGCUUUCUCAACAAUGUUCCAAAGCACAACGAUAAUUCCGCAGCAGCAGCCUAG